UUAUAAAAAGAUAGAGAGAAUUCUGAAGAAGCAGAGAACAAAAUUCAGAGAAGGGGAAGACAACGUAAAACUGUGUGAGGAAAUUAGAAAGAAGAAAUGGAAACAAUUCCACUACUCAAACCUUACAAAAUGGGAAAUUAUCAACUCGCCCACAGGGUUGUUUUGGCACCUCUAACAAGAAGUAGGUCUUAUGGAAACGUACCCCAACCACAUGCGGCCCUGUAUUACUCGCAAAGAACCACUAAUGGAGGUCUUCUUAUUACUGAAGCUACUGGAGUAUCUGAAACAGCUCAAGGGUAUCCAGAAACACCAGGAAUUUGGACCAAAGAGCAUGUAGAAGCAUGGAAACCAAUUGUACAAGCUGUUCAUGACAAGGGUGGCAUUUUCUUUUGCCAGAUUUGGCAUGUAGGCAGAGUCUCCACUUAUGACUACCAGCCUAAUGGGAAAGCUCCAAUUUCUUGCACCGAUAAGGGAUGUACACCCGGCCUUUACGGAGUGGAUUGGCCAGCUCCCCAUCGAUUGAGGAUUGAUGAAAUCGCACAAGUCAUCAAUGAUUUUAAGGUUGCUGCAAGAUAUGCGAUUGAAGCAGGCUUUGAUGGAGUUGAGGUCCAUGGCGCAAAUGGUUACCUUCUCGAUCAAUUCAUGAAGGAUACAGUGAACGACAGAACAGACGAGUACGGCGGAACCUUAGAGAAACGAUGCAGCUUUCCUCUAGAAGUUGUUAAAGCCGUCAUUGAUGAAAUUGGAGCAGAUAAAGUCGGAAUAAGGCUAUCUCCUUUCGCAGAUUACAUGGAAACAGGUGACUCAAACCCUGACGCUCUUGGCCUAUUCAUGGCCGAAUCAUUAAACAAACUCGGAAUUUUAUACCUUCAUGUGAUAGAGCCUAGGAUGGUCACCAUGGCAGAGGCUCAAGAAACUCCUCAUAGUAGUUUACCAAUGAGGAAAGCUUUUAAGGGAAGUUUCAUUUCAGCUGGAGGUUAUAAGAAAGAUGACGGAAACAAAGUCGUGGAAGAGGAUCAUGCUGAUCUCAUUGCAUAUGGUCGCUUGUUUUUGGCUAACCCGGAUUUGCCUAAACGGUUUGCCAUUGAUGCACCUCUUAAUAAGUAUAACCGUGAUACGUUUUACAUACCUGACCCAGUUGUUGGUUACACGGAUUACCCAUUUCUAGAUCAAGGUAACUAGUUCAAUUGUUACGUACAACAAUUGAUUUGGUCUGUUCUCUGUUUUUACUUGAUCUUGUGUAACUUCCUGAAAUGAGAGUAAUAAGAUCAUUUGUGUGCAACUGCUGUAAUUUAUUGGGAAUUCAAUAUGAACUGCACUUCUCUGUUGUUAUACA